AUGCGAGGACCGCAAGCCAGGAGGGUCAACACACAGACCUCUCCGCUUCCUGGUUCCCAACUAUUUUUCUCUCCCUCCAUCUGGUCUAUCUCUCUCUCUCUACCUCUCCCCCCAACCAUGGGUUCAUCAACAGGCGAAAUCAACAAUAAUGGCAGAAAUGGAAACUCCUGCCCACCCUCCAAAUCCUCCUCCACAUGCUCUUGUCCCUCGCCCUUUUCAGCUUCUUCACCAGUCCUCCCAACCCCUCCUGCCAGAAAAUUCAUGGAAGAAGUUUGGAAAGACAUCAGCUUAGCCUCUCUUCAAGAUCACUCCAGCAACACCCUCUCCUCCACCACCACCACCACCACCCACAACCCUGCCUUUUGUGCUACGAUUGAUCUCCAAGACUUCUUGGCUCGGCCUCCCAACAAAGAGCCACCAACAAGAGGCGCGUCAUCAUCUGGCGCCACCGAGCCUUCUUUGGCCGUGGAUACCACUUUCUUGGGUUCUCUGGCGCCAACUCCAGCAACUAUUCUGAGCUUGAAUUCCGGUUCUGAUUUUCCAUACCCUGAAGUCCGUACUCCGGUUGGUGUUGGGUCAAACCCACAAUUGCAAAGGCAUGCCGGUUUCACUGCACCUUCUUUUGUUUCUUCCCUGAACUCUCCUUUCGAAUGCUCAUGCUCUUCUUCAUCGUUCCCUUCUUGCUGCAAGAAAAGGGAUCAAGAAAAUGUUGAGGAUCCCAUCGAUCGGAGACAUAAGCGCAUGAUCAAGAACAGAGAAUCAGCCGCUCGUUCUAGAGCAAGGAAACAGGCUUACACGAACGAGUUGGAACUUGAAGUUGCCCGUUUACAGAAAGAGAAUGCUAGGCUCAGGAGACAGCAAGAGGAGCUCCGCUUGGUGGCAGCCCGUGCUCAGCUUCCAAAAAAACACCGUAUCUAUAGAACCUAUACUGCUCCAUUUUGAAAAUGAAUUAUCCAGCAGGCUCUCUCGAAGCGCGGAUGGAGGAUCAGGGAGAUUGGUUGCCAUAUCCAUAAAAAACAAUGUGUUUGUUAUUACAUCUCCAUCAGUUGGCUGGAAAAAUACAAAAAGAUGGAAGAAGGAAAAGGUCCGACUCCUUAAUGGUAGGGUUUUUUUUUUUUUUUUUUUAAUCCAAUCCCGUUCCUUGAAUCCUUGUCUUUUCGUCCAGACGUAGCUUUUUCUUGUCCAAUGAGGGCAAGUUUGGCGUGGGUGGGGACUAGUGCUCAAUGUUUAGGACCAUUUGCCAUUUUUGCUUGCCUAUAAAAAGACGUGCGUUGUGCAGUAUGACGUCGUAACAUGUUUGGCUAAUGGGAUAGCGCCUUUCUUUUUUCGGAAA